AUGGAGUUUCCCACGCCCAAAGGUAUCGAGACAUACCACACCAAACCCUACGCAGCCAUCGAUGUCUCCCGUCCAGAAGUCUCAGCAGCAGGCAAGCACUUUGCAAAAGCAGGCAGCCUAAAGAUCGCCAUCACAGGUCGCCGGCAACAAAUUCUCGAUGAAGCCCAAAAGAAGAUCGAGUCGGCGUACCCAAAAACCACCGUCCUUACCUUGCAGGGCGACGUGGCGGACAGAGCAGCAGUCACUACAGCGUUCAAAAAGACACUUAAAACUUUCGGCCCCAUCGAUGUCCUGGUCAGUAACGCGGGAUACAUGCCGGGCUACGAGCCCAUCGGCGGAGAAACGUCUCCAGACGAGUGGUGGAGCACCUUUGAAACCAACGAUGCAGUCGUCAUCAACCUGACCUCCGCCGCCGUCAACGCUGUGCUCCCAGGCCAAUCCGCGUAUACCAGCAGCAAGAUCGCGGUGACGAGACUGUUCGAAUCGUUUCAAGCGGAGAACCCGCAGUUUAGGGUAGUUAACGUUGCGCCCGGUGUUGUGUUGACGAGCAUGCAUCAGAAGACUGUUUCGCACUUUGACAAGGAGGGGUGGCCGCAGCUGCCGUUGGAUGAUAUUGAACUCCCAGCGUCCUACAUGGUAUGGGCAUCCUCUCCAGAAGCACAUUCCAUCAAGGGCAAGUUCGUGUGGGCGAAUUGGGAUGUAGAUGAGCUGAAGCGCGUGCUUGAGGAGAGCGAGAAUAAGCAGCUUCUGAGGUUAGCUGUUGAUGGAGUGCCGACUUUGAGUCUGUAA